AUGCCAGGACACGAAUUGGAAGACGUAAUAAAUCAACGUUUGAACCUAUAUGAUGUAUUAGAAUUACCGACCCCCCUGGACGUCCAUACCAUCUACGAUGAUUUGCCCCAAAUUAAACGCAAAUACAGGACCCUUGCCCUGAAGUAUCAUCCUGACAAACACCCGGACAAUCCAUCAAUUAUACACAAAUUCCACUUAUUAUCGACCGCAACUAAUAUCCUCACCAAUGCAGACGUGAGACCCCAUUACGACCGCUGGUUAAUUGAGUUCCUACGGAAAACAAACGACAUUGAAAGAAAUAAACUUAUACAAAAGCUGGAAGAAUCUGAAUCGAGUACGAUACCCACCACCACACCACAUCCUGAUUUAUUGCAAAUCCAACGCCACGGCGAGCUACUCAGGAAACUAAAACAUUUCAACUUGCCCUAUGGUGACUGGAAACAUCUCAACACACAAGACCAAGAAAAUGCUUCGCAACAUCCGUAUUACGAUUGCUCUACUUUGAGAAUUGUCCUUGACAACUUCCUGCAAUCAAAUAAUAAAUCAAACUGCUUAUCUCAUUUGCGCAAUCAAGUAUUCAUCACGCUAAGUGCUAAUGAAAUCUACGACAUCUACUUCUCUGAAAGAAACAACUACUCGAAGGAUGAUUCAAUCAUCAUAUAUACUGUAUUCGAUACUCCCAUCACAGCGCAGCACGUAUUCCGAAACUGGUCAAGUGGGAACCUCAUACCCACGGUCAAGGAUAUUUCGCCCUUGAUCCCGCUACAUUACUACUCUGAUUUUAAUUUGGAGACGGAACUGAAUGACGAUAUUGCAAGACUGGUCUCUAAUGAACCUAUCCUACUCGACUAG